AUGGCUAACCAAACAGAUGCUAUAGCAGCUGCUCAAACUGGAACAAUGACACCAGUUAAUCAAAGCAGCCCUUAUCAUCUUCAUCCCUCUGAUACACCAGGAAUGAAUCUGGUAGGUUUCAUAUUUGAUGGAAGAGGUUUCCCAGCAUGGAAGAGAUCUAUCCUAAUAUCACUUUCAGCAAAGAAGAAGCUAGGUUUUAUCAAUGGAACAUGUAGGUCUUCGGAUCCAUCCUCCACUGAAUAUGAGCAAUGGAGUUGUUGCAACAAUAUGGUCACAGCUUGGCUGCUCAACUCAUUGUCUAAAGACAUCAAGGAUAGUGUAAUUUUCUCAAAAUCGGCUAAGGAACUCUGGGAUAGUCUUGAACACGGGUUUGGAAAGUCAAAUGGAGCAAAACUUUUCCACCUGCAAAAGGAGCUCAGUCUCUUAGUUCAAGGUUCUUCAGAUGUUUCAACUUAUUUUACAAAAACUAAGAGAAUAUGGGAUGAAUUGGACUCUUUAAAUUCUGAUAUAGUAUGCAACUGUGAUUGUAGUUGUGAUGGGAAGAAAAAGUUAGCAAAAUCUUUUCAAGAUCAAAGGUUAAUUCAAUUUUUAAUGGGUUUAAAUGAUGCUUAUGCUCAGGCAAGGGGAAACAUUAUAAUGAUGAAUCCUUUGCCUGAGAUGGAUUAUGCCUACUCUCUACUUUUACAAGAUGAAAGCCAGAGGGCAAUUUAUGCUAAUGUCUAA